AAAAAAAAACAGACAGAAUGGGUUCUUGGUCCCUAGUACGUUUUCUCUGGGCCGAAUGAGAGUGCUGUAACCCGACGAGGAAGAAAGCAGAAAACAUUGGUUUUGGGGGUUUUGGUUUGAAGAAGGCAGAGGUUUUAGCUUCAUCGUUAGGGUUCACUUCAAUAUUCGACAGACAAAACGAAGAAAUGGUAGCAGCUACUGCUGUAAGGUCAGCUUUUAUGCGACCUAUUUGGAGAAAAACAACUAAUUUAUCGGCAUCCAGAAAAAAAUUCUCAAUACCGAUUUCUAAUCCUUCGUCUGCAGGCAACCGUUCCACAUUUCCUGACCUUUCUCUUUCUAGGUUGGUUCGCCGAGAACUUAGCACCCUUCAACCAGUCCAUAGCGCCAUUGCCUCCGCUUGCCUUGUCUCCAAGCUGCCCACCGACCUCACCACAUUCUACCAAGGUAGGUUUGCAAAUUAUAUAAGUCCCAUCUAAUGGCGAUUAGGUGAUAAAAUCAAAGGCUUGUUCUCUGACAGCUGCAAUACAAUUUGGUUCCAUCUGAUGUGUGAAGUUCAGGUUAUGAGACCAAUCAUU